AUGCCGACCGUGCCCCAAGCAGUGAAACGCUACACAAUCCGAUUCAUUUCGUUAACGUUUUUAUUGUUGAGCAUAACGAUUUUCGAACUUUCGGAGUAUUGUGGAUUCGUUUUUUCGACAUCAUCUCUUCUGCCAUGUUUCUAUUUGGGAUUGGACGACGAGCCGAAGAAUUUGCUUCGAAUCCUCACAAUGGGGCUUUUCGUUCAUUUGCGUUUCAUUGACUUUCUCGCAUGGUAUCAAAUUUUCGCAUUAUUUCGCAUAAUGGCCUGGAUUAGCGUUUUCUUUCGGUUAUGCCAGGCAAUUAUUCCGAAAUCAUUUACAGUUUCAAAAAUUCCCACGCCAAUUCUCUACUCGAGUUUCAUUAUCGCGGCAUUGGUGGAGCCCGUUUUGAUUUCAUUCUUUCAGUUUGAUUUUGACGCACGAAACGGAAUGGUUUUGGGCUUUACGCUCGGUGUCAUCAGUCUCUCUGUCGCAUUUCCGUUAUCUUUAGACGUCGAAGAAGAAAUUAAAAAAAUGCGUCUCGAAAAUCACACUCAUAUUCGCCAUAUUAUGCUCUACCACUACGAGAAAGAAUGGACCGCAGCCCAGUCAUUUCGCGAUCUCAACGAACUGUCUCCACAUGUUGAGCGCCGUGUAAUCGAAUUCAUCGCCAAUAAGGGAUGGGAUCUGCUCCCACAUCCGCCGUACUCACCGACAGAAGCACCAACGGACUAUCAUGUCAACCGCUCUUUGAAAAACUGGCAAACAAACAAAGUCUACGACGACUUGGAUGACUUGGUGGCUGAUGUCAAAGCGUGGAUUGCCUCCAAGAAUCGUGACUUCUUCGCACGUGGAAUCGACCGACUGCCAAGCAAAUGGGAAGCAGUUCUUGAAGUGGAUGGUGACUAUGCUCUCGAA